AUGCAUCUAUGGAGUAUUUUAUUGCAUGUUGUCGUUAUACUCGGAUUUCUAAGCCUUGCAACCGCGGAGAUUACUGAGGAGACGACCGACCCUGGAGCAAAGGUCUUCGACUCUAUCAUGCACAAAAAUUGGACGCUGGCCAAUUUUGGGGAAAUGUUGCCGGAAUUCGAUGCGUUUGUUGCGAAUUCAGCAAAGUUCGCCGAACGCAUCGACGAAGCCAAAAAAUCCGGGAAAACGCCCUCCUCCUUCGACAAGACAAAGGUUCAAAUGUUCCGCGAAUUCCUCAAUGACGACCUGAUUGGAGGGAUUGAGAAGUAUUUAGUAGCGUAUCCGAAGCGCACUGCAUUGCUGCAGGAAGUCCGCGAGCUGAUGCUUUGCCAGACUCGUGAUGCAUUCAGUAAAAAACUGAACAUGCUCGACGCCUUUUCUCGUAUCGAAUCACACCCCAACUGGACUCCAGUGUUGUCGCCAGAUGAAGAUGAUGAAUACGAAAUGAACAAAGACGAGUACCUCGUCUGCUCGAUAAGCGAUUGGAACAAGCGAUUCGGAUGCAUUGCUGACGAAUAUAAUGCGACGCUGACAGGGCUGGUUGGUGCGAGUCGACCGGCAGUCACACGACAGUUGCGAUCCUUGAACAACCGCCCGGCCAACGCCCCGUUUUUCUUACUGACGUUUGGCACGAGAGGAUGUCUUUUGGAAGAAACGAAAGCCAUCUACGCAUCCGACCCAGAAUCGAUGCUUCAAAUCGCACGCCCUUUGAUGAAACUGAUGAAACAAUUGUACCUCUACGGCGACAUCUGCAAACACGUUGAAAACGGCUCUUCUGAUUAUGCUGCCCGCGAGACGCGUGAACGAUUUGCCAAAAUUCAACAGACGAUCAAAGAACGAUUGGCAAGAGCACCAGCG